AUGGAUCCCCAGCCGAAUCGUAAGCUUCUCGACAAGCUCCUACGGUCGGGCGACAUCAAGAGAGAGAAUCGCGACCUCAUGAACGUCCGAGCUGCUUCGCGCUUCGUCCAUGGGGUCCGUGGCCACGAUGACCCAACCGACGUUCUCUUCCGGCUUGAUCAGAAGGACCCACACCUCAUUCGGACCAUUUUCACUCUUCACUCCUCCAACGACUUCAUGGAUCGCGUGGUCAUGCCCUUCAUCGCCUGGCUGGGCAAAGAUGAACUCUCCAUCGGUACUUGCAGCUUCAAACAGCAGCUGAUAUGCAACAGGCUGGCGCGCGCUCCCGGCCUGCUGGACAACUUGCUGGAAGCCUUGAACUGCGACGAGAUCUCGAACGAAAUGGCUCUCUUGUGGUUUGUCGAGAGGCUGAUUCUCGACGACGGUCAGGACGGAGUAGCCGCGAGAUCCAGCAGCAGCAAGGAAUCCGCGCUCGUCAACCGUUUGAAGCGGAGCAUGUCGCCCACCGUCAAGGCCCAGGCGCAAAAGCUGCUGAAGGUUUUGUCCGAUCCGUCUGAGGUGGACAAGCGAAACGCUGAAAUUGCCGCCACCGGAGGGGGCAUGUCCAUCGAGGCCACCCAAGAAUCCUCGCCGGGAGGGCGGCACUCCAACGACCAUGUGGAUUUCCGCUCCAUCACGAUCGUGCCGAGUGUGGAUGAGGUUCUCUGCGACAAGAUCCCAUUCCUGCCGACCGAGAUGGAGCGUGACGUCCCACACCUCGAUCGGCAGUUUCGCCUGUUGCGCCACGAUUUGGUUUCGAGCGUCGUCGAUGCUGUGACUCCACUGAAAACGCUUCGAGCCGGUGCGGGAGAAACGAAGGGCUCUGGAAAGGCCAAAGGCGGCGAAGGGGGAGGGCGAACCCCAUUAAUAUUGGAACAAACAAGGCGCGGCGCCAUCGUAGCAGACAAAGGGGGGCGCGCGGCCGCAGUGCUGAUACAUUUCGACUGGCCGUCUUCACACCCCGUGUCUCGCAUGAAAACUUCCAAAAAAAGGAUGGACUAUUUGCAGCAGACCAAGGGCGGGCGAGGAGGCGGUGGCACCGGCGGCGGCGGCGGCGGCGGCGCCGGGCGCAACUUGCUGAAGAGGGAUUCGUUGGUGGUGCUGACCAACAAGAACCUGAAGCCUCUCUUUUUCGCGGCCGUCACGAUCAGGGACGAGGGACUGCUCGCUGGAGGUGGCGAUGGCGGUGGGGCGAACUGGGGCGGUGGCGGCGCCGGUGGCAACAACAACGGUGGGGGUUUCGGUGGUCGGGGUACCUCGGGUCGAGGUCGCGGGGGAGGCGGCCGUCUUUCGAACGGUCGUGGAAGGGGCGGCCGUGGUGGUAGGGGCGCCGGUGGCCACGGCGGAACCGGAGGCGAAACCGGCGGGAGCCGCGGCGGAACCUGGAGGGAGCGGCAGGAGGCGCGCCCGGCGGUGGGGGUCUCGUUCUUCAACCACAAGGAUCUGGAAUCGGCCCUGCUUCUCUCGAGGGACGACUCCUGGGGCUGUCUCGUGCCCCUUACCGUCGGCGUCUUCGCGUACAAGUCUGUGCUGAAGCAGCUGCAGGCCAUGGCCGAAGUCCCGAUGGCGAACCUGCUCGUGGAUUGGCCCGCCGCUCACACGUUGUCGAAGCCCGGCAGCAGCCGCCUUGAGAGCCUUGCCGGGAGUCCAUGGAAAUCCAUGACGGGCGGCGCUUCGUCCGCCGCCCCGCCGCCUGAAUCCCCGCAGCCGCCGCUGUACGAGGGUGUGGAAGCCGCGGAGAUGGAGGGACUCGCCGAGCGCUUCGCCGCUAGCACGGACGAUCUCAAGAACCGGACGCCGCUGUUGCUGUCGCCGCCGCUCGUGGGAGUGAAACUGCCUACCGGGUGCCGGUUCGACAUUUCUCAGCGGGUGGCGGUGGCCCAGGUGUUGCGGCAGAGAGUUAGCCUUGUUCAGGGACCUCCAGGCACGGGCAAGACGUUCCUCGGCGUGCUGCUGGCGCAGAUCAUCCUGGCGUCGACGGACCAGAAGAUCGUGUGCGUCUGCUACACCAACCACGCCCUCGACUCCUUCCUCGAGGACCUCCUGGACAAGGGGGUCACCGAACUGGUGCGCAUCGGCGGCGGCAGCAAGAACGCCAAGCUGGACCGGUACCAGCUGCGGAGCCACCAGGCCCAGGGCUUCAACCGGGUGCAGAACCGGCAAUUCGCGAUCCUCAAGGAGGCAUUGGAAGAGUCGCAGGCCCGGAUCGACGAGGUCCAGAAGACGAGCGGGCUCAACCGUAAGCCCGACAAGAUGUACGUCGUGGCGUGGCUGGAGGACGAGGACUCCGAGGCCUUCCAGGAGCUCCAGAUGCCGGAGGGCGGUGAUGGAGAAACGGUCGUCGGCAGGAGGGGCCAAGCCCUCACGAGCGCGUCUAUCGUCCGCACGUGGCUGGACGGGAAGCAGAAGCCCUCCGCCCUCCUGCAGCAGCCAACAAACACCACGUCGUCAGACUCCGGCGGUGGCGACGGCAGCAUCAACAGCAAGCGGCUGUCGACCGGCGGCAUAUGGGCGUUGGACAAGAACGCCCGCAAGGCCAGGUGGGCCGGGUGGGAGGCCGCCAUCAAGGCGGAGGUGGCCAAGAAGGUGGCCAAGAAGGUCAAGGCCCACGACAGGCUAGCGCGGGAGCUCUCCGAGCUCCAGCGCCAGAAGGACGUGCAGCGCGUGCGGGCGGCGCGGGUAGUCGGCUGCACGACGACGGGGGCGGCCAUUCACCAUUCGCUGCUGGCGGAGGCGCGGUGCGGGGUGGUGCUGGUCGAGGAGGCGGCCGAGGUCCUGGAGGCGCACGUCCUGGCCGCGCUCGGGGACUCCACCAAGCACCUCAUCAUGAUCGGCGACCACAAGCAGCUGAGGCCCAAGGUGGAGCAAUACAGCCUGAGGGUUGAGAGCGGGAGGGGGUUCGACCUGAACGUCAGCCUGUUCGAGAGGCUCGUCAAGGCCGGGUACCCGCAUACGACGCUAGAACUGCAGCACCGGAUGCCGCCCGAGAUCUCUGCGCUGGUCAAGGGACUCACUUACCCGGGGCUACGCGACGGGCCCGGGACAGCCAAUCGUCCACACGUCCUAGGUAUCCGUGACCGCGUGUGCUUCGUCGGUCACCACCACAACGAGGAGUCGGCGGCUUCGAUGCGCCAGCGCCAAGACGACGGGGUGUCGGUGUCCAAGGUCAACGGGUACGAGGUCCGGAUGGUGGCGAAGACCGUCAAGUACUUGCUGCUGCAGGGGUACGAGCCGGACCAGAUCGUCGUGCUGACGCCGUACCUCGCUCAGCUCCGGGAGCUACGGGAUGCGAUGGACGGCACUGUGAGCGACCAGGACGCCUCCGAUCUCGCGGCGGCUAUCCGGCUGGGCGACGGCACCAACGAGCAAGGAGAUGGAAAGGGCGGCGGCGGCAACGGCGGCGGCGGCGGCUCUGCUAAUGCGAGGUCGAGAGUCAGGGUGGCAACGGUCGACAAUUAUCAGGGCGAGGAGAGCGAUGUCAUCAUCAGUUCGUUCGUGCGCAGCAACAGCGGCGGGCAGAUGGGGUUCGUCGGAGACCCGAACAGGCUCAACGUCGCCAUCUCUCGAGCGAGGCACGGCAUGAUCAUGUUCGGCGACAUCAACUUCUUCACGUCAGACUCCAUCAGGAACAAGCCCGGCCAGCGCCUGUGGCUCGAGUUCUUGUCGCUCCUCGAGGCCGGGGGCCACGUCUACAGGGACGGGCUGCCGGUAGCCUGUGAGGCCCACAAGACGCGCGCGAACCUGAUCACUCCCGAGGCCUUCGAUGAGCACUGCCCCGAUGGAGGCUGCCAGGCUGUCUGCGGCGCGAAGCUUUCCUGCGGUCAUCCGUGCCCGCGAAGGUGUCACCCCGGAGACGACCAGGACCACGAGGGCGCCUCCUGCGCGGUGCUCCUAGAGGAGACCUGCCCCAAGGGACACAAGUCGAAGCGCCGCUGCUCCAAGGACCCCGCGGGGCUCCCCUGCCGGCCGUGCGAGCGCGAGGCACGCGCAGUGGACCGCGAGAUCGCCCGCCACGCCGAAGCUAAGGUGGCCAGGGAGAGGGAGCGGGAGGCGGCCACCGCCCGGCUGGCCGAGGCCCGGAGGGGUGCCGCCCAGGAGCGCGAGAAGCUGGCCCACGAGGCCGAGCUGCUGCGGCUGGAGCGGGAGACGCAGCGGGCAGUGGUCGACGCCGAGAGGACACGGUUCUCCAAGGACAGCGCUCGCGCCGAGCUAGAGCGGGCUCGAGCUGCUCCUGCUGCUGCUGCUGCUGCUCCGGUUCGCGAUGGAAAAGCGGCCGCCGCCUCUUCAACCCAGAAGGCCGCCGGGAAGAAGAACCGAAGGUCGGUGGCGGCCGCAAAGGCUACGAAGACUGGCAAGACCAAGCAGGAGACGACGACGGCCGCCCCUCGGGGAUUCACCCUCUUCCUCAUCGCCCAGGCGGCGGCGAACGGGAGCGCCAGCGGCAUCAUCGCCGCCCUGGAGGCCGUACCGCCGGGGGAGCGGCUGCGGCAGACGAGCCACGAGCUGGGAGUGGCUCUGGGAGAAUCGGCCUACGACUGGUUCCCGCCCGCCACGGCCGGGGGCGAGCCCUCGCCCGCCGCGGGGGCUCCGGGCCCGCGGACCGCCCAGGCGAUGGACAUGAUAGCCUCCGGAGAGGUGGUCAAAGCCCGCGCCAUCCUCGCGACCGUCGCCCGAGGCACCUCGGCGGCCGACAACAGCACCGAUGGGGACAACAACCCGCAGGCCGGAAAGGGGAAGAAGACGAAGACACCGGAUCCGUCCGCGCUGUUCGCACUGGCGCUGUGCGACCACGACCUCGCCGGCGGCGGGGGGGCUGCCGCCGCUCGGCACCUCGCGGAGCUUGAUGCGGUCGUGCCACGCCUCUGGCCCGGACCUCCUGACGGCCGCCCGCCCCCGGACGAGGAGGAGAAGGAGAAGGAGGAGGAGGAGGUGAAGGAGGAGGAGGAGGAGCAGGGUGCCCUAGACCCGAAGGCACGGUCGUGCGCGCUGGCCGUAGCGUUUCUCCGAGCACCUGUCCACGCCCGCAGGGUCGGCAGGGUCGACUCGCAGGCGUGGACCACGCGGGCGGAGGCGGUGGUCAAGGAGAACGGAGGCAGCCUCGCCAGGGAACUUUGGGGGGCCCAAGGAGGAGGGCCCAGCGGCGGCGACGGCCAAGACGGGAGCCCGGCCGGCUGCGGGGUAGAGGGGCAAUGGAAGAGGCUGCAGACCAGGUGGGGCGUCUCGAGCGAGGGCAUGGACUCGCUGCUGGAGAUGUCGGGCCUCGACGCCAUCAAGGCGGACUUCCUCAGCGUGGCAAAGCUGGUGGUGAUCGACAGGGAGCGCGGGUACGACCCUUCGGCUAGGUCCUUCAACGUCCGCCUGGAGGGGAACCCCGGCACCGGAAAGACAACCGUGGCCAGGCUCUACUAUCGGCUUCUGAAGGACCUGGGAGUGUUCGCCUCGGCAGAGGAGCGUGCGGCAGACGCCAGGGCCGCCGCGGAAGCGGCGGCGAAGAAGAAAGCCGACGACGCGGCGAAGGCCAGGGCGUCCGCUUCCUCCACCACCACCGCCGCCGCCGCGGCAUCGGUGGCCGGCUUUGUGGAGACCACCGGCACCGACCUGGCCGACAAUGGCGUCGGCGGGCUGAAGGACAUGCUGAAGAAGAUUCGGGAAGCCGGAGGAGGUGUGCUGUUCGUGGACGAGGCGUACACGCUCGAGCCCCAGUCAGGCGGCGGCGGGAAGCAGGUUCUCAACUUCCUGCUGGCCGAGAUCGAGAACCGCCGGGGGGAGUUGGUCGUGGCCUUCGCCGGCUACGCCAAGAACAUGGAGACCCUCUUCGAGUUCAACGAGGGCCUCCCCAGCCGCUUCCCCAAGGUCCUGCGGUUCGAGGACUACAGCGACGCCCUCCUCCUCGAGAUCUUCAAGGGGCUCAUGGCCAAGAAGAAAGGGCUGGGUACGCUCCACUUCGGUGAUUCUGCGGAGGAGCAGGAGGACCCGGAGAGGUGGGCCAAGGUGGCCGUCGCUCGGCUCGGCCGGCGGAGGGGGUCCCGCGGAUUCGGAAACGCCCGCGCCGUCCGGGUGCUCUUCGACCAUGUCCUCGAGCGACAGGCGAGCCGCCUCAGCAGCGGAGACAACGACAACGGCGGCGACGACGACGACGACGACGAAGACGACCCGUAUGAGCUCACAAAGCCCGAUCUCCUCGGCCGGUCGGUUUCGAGCCUCGACGAGUCGGAGAGCUGGAGGACCCUCCGGGACAUGGUCGGGCUUGGCGCGGUGAAGAGCACGGUGCUGGCGCUGGCGGAGGUGGUGCAGACGAACCGCGUGCUGGAGGAGGCCGGCAAGCCGCCGAGGGACAUCGCGCUCAACCGUUGCAUGCUCGGGAACCCGGGCACUGGCAAGACAACGGUAGCAAUGCUGUUCGCCGGCAUCCUGGCGGACCUCGGGCUCCUCUCUAAGGGCGAGGUGGUCCUCAAGACCGCGUCCGACUUCGUCGGCUCCGUCCUCGGCGAGAGCGAGUCCAAGACCCGCGCCAUCCUCAAGGCUGCCGAGGGCUGCGUCCUGGUCAUCGACGAGGCCUACUCUCUCCGCGCCGGGAGCGGCGUCGGCUACAAGGGGGGCAGCGGCGGGGACCCGUACCGCACCGCCGUGGUGGACACGCUCGUGGAACAGGUGCAGAACGUGCCGGGGGAGGACCGGUGCGUCCUGCUGCUGGGGUACCGCGCGGAGAUGGAGGAGUUCAUGCGAGACACCAACCCCGGGCUGGCGAGGAGGUUCGCCCUCGACAACGCCUUCAGCUUCGAGGACUACAAGGACGAAGAGCUCCUCAGCAUCCUCCGCGGGAAGCUCCAUCGAGAGCACCUCACGGCCGGGGUGGAGGCACUCAUGGCCGCCGCCGACGUGCUCAGGAAGAAGCGGAAGACGGCCUCGCACUUCGGCAACGGCGGCGAGGUGGCCAACCUGCUGAGCGAGGCCAAGCUCCGGAAGGAGAAACGCCGCAAGGACGGCUCUUUGGAAGCCAGGCUGGACCCGGAGCUCCUGCCGCAAGACUUCGACCCGGAGUAUGGCGUCGGCCCGAUAGAUGGCGCCGCUCUCGAGGACGACCUGUUCGGCGACCUCAUCGGCUGCGCGAACAUCAAGUUACAGCUGACGCGGAUCCGCUCGACGUUCGUCCACGCGCAGAGACUCGGCCGCGACCCUCGUGAGGCCAUCAACCUGAACUUCCGUUUCACGGGGGCCCCGGGCACCGGCAAGACUACGGUCGCCCAGCGCGUCGGCCGCAUGUUCAAGCAGCUCAGCGUGAUCCACUCGGACGACGUGGUGUCCUGCUCCCCUUCGGACUUCACCACGGGCUUCAUUGGACAGGCCGCCCUCAAGACCAAGGAGAUCCUGGACAAGGCUAUCGGUAAGGUUCUGUUCAUCGAUGAGGCGUACGGCCUGAACCCUCGCCACGGCGGCGGCACGUGGUCCUUCAUGCAAGAGGUUGUCGACCAGCUGACGCAGUGCUUGACGGACGACAAGUACAAGGGGAACAUGGUGGUAGUGGUGGCGGGCUACGCGCACGACAUCGACGAGCUGAUGGAGUCCAACCCGGGCCUGGCAAGCCGCUUUCCAGAGACCCUCCACUUCCCCAACUUCGGCGUGGACGACUGCUGCCGCAUGCUCGAGUCCUCCCUCAAGAGGAUGUUCAGCACGGACCUCGCCCCCGAAGCCACGGGCGCUCUGCGGGGGCUGCUGCUUCCCGUGUUGCAGGCUCCUCGCUUCGGCAACGGUCGCACCAUCACCGACCUCACCAAGCACAUCUUCACCGAGAUCGGGAUGCGCAUGGGUGACGACGGACAGGACAGCGUCGGCGGCAACGACGACCACCGGGCCUCGGUCGAGGGCAUCCGCCGCUCCGCGACCGCCGUCCUCCAGCAGAUGAACGUGACCGAUACGACGCGUACCGCCGAGGAGCGGGACGACACGGACACAGACACGGACCACGAGGAGGAUGUCGACCCCUUCUUGCCCGUGGAGGACAUCUACGUCCUGCAGGAGGCCUGCGAGGUCGCGGGGGUGCCCCCUGACAGCCCUGAUCUCGGCGACGGCGAGGUCGGCGAACGGCUUCGGCGGGCCCUCGUUCUCCCGAGGGCCGAGGGAGGCAUCGGCCUGUCGCCGCAACAGGCGCGGGCCUUCCUGCGGAAGCUCGCCACCGACAGGGCCGGGCUGUCUCGCCUCCGGCGGGAGGAGGCGAGCGCGGCGGCGCGGCCCGUCGCCGAGGCCGAGGGAGCGCUGGCGGAGGUGGAGGCGGCGCUCCGGGAGGCCGGGGACGAUGGUGAGGACGAGGAGCUGCUGGCCACGCUCGCGCGGGUCCGGCGCGCCAAGGAGGCCGCGCUGGAGAAGGCCAGGGAGGAGAGGGAGAGGCAGCUGGCCGUGGAUGCGGCGUCGAGGGCGGCCCUCGCGCACAUGGGCGUGUGCCCGGCCGGGUUUCAGUGGAUUCGUCAGGGCAGCGGCUGGAGGUGUGGGGGAGGCACCCACUACGUGUCCGGCAGCGCUGUUGCGGCGGAGAUGGCGCGCGGCGGGGGGGGCUCCUAGGCUUUUUUUCAUGGCCCUGAAGCGAGGAAACAGGAUCGGACUGCAAGUCAUAGAGACGGUGCCCAGCGCCGUCCGAAGACAGCGAGAGGGGACUGUUGAACGCUCGCGACCAACGUGUGAUGCUUGCGCGAAAAGAGCAAUUCCGAAAACAACGUGGUGUCAUGGGAACUGGCAAAUCGCUUCGAUCGAUUUAGAUCAACAUUGCACUCUCAGAGGGCCACUUGCCGUGAUAACAUGACGGGAUGCUCGGCGACAUUUAGACAUAUGCUGUGCGACGGUGGUGUGGGUUGAAAUCUAAGUGGGGGGGGGUCGUCCCGCAUCUAUUCUGGCUCCGGUUUGCAGGUCCUUCGGCGCAUGUACCUGGCGUAUCAGCCGGGGUCACGUAAGAGGAAGGUCACACAGCACAAGAGUUUUUUUUCACAUUGUUUUUGUUUUUUUGCCCCCACCUUUCCCCCUGCGGUGCUUACCUUGGUUUUUAUUGCGGGACGGGUUCAGCCAUCGCUUUCCCUCGUCGAUCGUGAAGCCGAAGUGCGUUUACUCACGGCCUACGGCCGUAGAUCGUUUUCAACAUUCGGAAAGAAACCUUCCCGGAGAAAUUCGAACCCACAACCUGCCGCUAGGGAGUGGUGCGGAUUGGCCACUAGGAGAUCACGACUUAGGGGAAGCCGUAAGAUACAGGAGUACGCCGCGCGAUGUUGCUCUAGUUCUUCCGGAUGUUGUAGUUGGCCAGCUCGUCAGAGUUGCUACGCGAAAGAAAACAUAACGCCGAGAAAGGUCAAUCCUCGUUAGCCGUUCGUGACGUCAGGAGGAGGAGUGAUCCCACUGACGCUCCUCUUGACGUUACAACGGCGGACAAGGGGUGGUUUUUGCGCGGCACACACAAGGAGCAACGGAUGAAUGCUCCAACCACGACGCGACAAUUGGAUGGAUUGAAAGGAGACACUCGCAGUUCCAGCGUACGUGGCCGGAUCGUAGGUGGCAGACUUUGCGUGUAAGGCAGAUAUUCCAUGGUAGGGAUCGGAAGGAACGAGACAGCGGCUUGCUGAUAUCGUUC